AUGUUUCUUCUUGUUCGUUUAUUCAAUAUUGAUCUGAUUCGUCAUUAUUCUAGUAGUAGUCGAGAAUUUUUUGGUACAUUGAAAAAAUCUUAUCGUUCAACAAAAUUAAAUUUAUUUAUGGCAUCAAAUAAUCGAACAUGUUUUAUCUUUGAUAAAGAUGAUUCAACUAAAAUUCUUAUUCAAAUGGUUUAUGAAAUACCUUCAACAAAAAUACGUCGUCAAUUUAAUUUAUUACGUUCUAUUGAUGAACCUGUUUCACAAACAAUACAUCGUUUAAAAUCUAAUAUUGAACGUGCUAUUAUCAAAGAAAAUAAAUUAAAUAAACGUAUUAAAAAACAAGAGAGAAAUAUAACAUCUGAUCAUGAAAAUCAAUCUACAAUUGUAGAAUUACUUGAUAAUAAUAAUAAACCAAUUGAUGAAAAUCAACUAAAUAAACAAGCAUGGAUUAAUUGUCGAAAAUUAUUAAUUAAUCAACAAUCUUAUAAUGUUGAAUAUAAUGCACCAGCUGUUAUUAAAUUCCGUUUUCCUGAUAUAAUUCUAACAAAUACAAUAAUAACAGCAAUUGUAGAAAUCGAUUAUGGUGAUUGUGAAUAUUCAUUAUUUGAUUGGUAUGUUACAGAUGAUAUAAAAACAAAAGAAAAUGAUGAUGAUUAUGAUGAUACUCAAUGGAUACAUGUACAUCGUGGUCGUUUUUGUAUAUUUGGUGAUGAACAUGUUAAUAAAUUUGUACGUCUUGCAUGUUUACCUCGAAAUAAUUCGUUAAGAGAAGGUAUGCAAGCUGAAUAUACAUCAAAAACACGAAUUAUUCCAUGUCCAAUUGAUUUACCAAUGAAUACAAGACAUCAGUUAACAACUGAAUAUUUUCCAAUUGAUUCAAAUUAUAUUCGUUUAGUAUCUUAUAAUAUAUUAGCUAAUGGAUAUGCAUCAUCAACUGGUGCUCAACCAAUAAUCUAUCCAUAUUGUCCAGAAGAUUAUCUUCAACAUGAUUAUAGAAAACCACUUUUAUUAAAAGAAAUUUUAGGAUAUCAUGCUGAUAUUAUAUCAUUACAAGAAUGUGAUACCUCUUUUUAUGAACGUGAACUUUCAUUUAUAUUAAAACAACAUGGAUAUUUAGGUGAUCUUAAAAUAAAAAGUCAUUCUGUAAGAGAAGGUGAAGCCAUUUUUUAUAGAACAGAUCGAUUUACUGCUAUUGGUACUCAUCAUAUUAAAAUAGGUGAAUAUUUACGUGAUUCGGAACAUUUGGAAUAUAUUCGUCAUCGUUGUUCAUUAGUAUCAGAAAUAAAUACCAAUUUAUUAGAACGAAAUACUGCAUUACAAAUAUUAGCAUUACAAAUGCAAGGAGAAUCAAAUGAAAUAUUUCUUAUAUGUAAUACACAUUUAUAUUUUCAUCCUCAAGCUGAUAUUGUUCGAUGUUUACAAGUUAUGAUUGCAUUUGAACGUAUCAAAGAAAUAAAACAACUUUAUGAACAACAAAAUAAAAAUGUCUCAAUAAUAUGGAGUGGAGAUUUCAAUGCUAAUGUGACAUCAUUAGCAUUUCAUCUUCUAUUUACAGGUGUUUUGUUAACCGAUAUUAAUCAUCGAUCAUAUAAUGAAGAUUAUGCUAAAAUAAUAAAAGAUUUUGAUUAUAAAAGUUCAAUAGAAUUAAGUACUUAUUCGAAUUAUGCUUAUACUAAUUAUAUGUUGAAUUAUCAUGCUGUUAUUGAUCAUAUUUUUUAUGAUUCAAAAAAAUUUAAUUUUCAACGUGCUAUACCAAUGCCAACUGAUGAAGAAGUUACAGAAUUUAUUGCUUUACCAUCAUGUAAAAUUCCAAGUGAUCAUUUGGCUGUUGUUAUUGAACUUGAAAUCAUUAGAUGA